AUGAGCUGGACUUGUCCGCAAUGCCAGCAACCGGUUUACUUCGCUGAGAAAGUGAGCUCCUUAGGCAAGAACUGGCACCCUUUCUGCCUGAAAUGUGAGCACUGUCACAGCGUCUUGUCCCCUGGCGGGCAUGCAGAGCACAACGGGAGGCCAUACUGCCACAAGCCUUGCUAUGGGGCUCUCUUUGGACCUAGAGGGGUCAACACUGGUGGUGUGGGUUGCUAUCUCUACAGUCUCCCUGUUCCCUCCCCUGUCAGCAGAGUUUCCCUCAGCCCCAGCAACUUUAGCCCCCCAAGGCCAAGGGCUGGCCUCCCCCAGGCCAAGAAAAGCCCUCCCUACACGAAGACAUUCACUGGGGAGACCUCACUGUGCCCUGGAUGUGGAGAACCUGUCUAUUUUGCGGAGAAGGUGAUGGCUCUGGGCAGAAACUGGCACCGACCCUGCCUCAGGUGCCAACGUUGCAAGAAGACGUUGACUGCUGGGAGUCACGCAGAGCAUGACGGCAUACCCUACUGCCACAUCCCCUGCUAUGGAUACCUGUUUGGCCCCAAAGGUGGGCAGCCUGACCCCAGACACUGAUCCUAAGGUGUCAGGGCCUAUGGGAAUGUGUGGACAGCUUCCCUUGUGGUCAGACAUCCCAGGACCCUCCUCUCUCUCCCUUCAGCCCUCAGUCCGACACCCAUUCCACCAAAGCCCCUGGUGACAAGGCUUUCUCCUACAGGUGUGAACAUUGGCAAUGUGGGCUGCUACAUCUAUGACCCAGUGGAGAUAAGAUCCAAAUGAGCCAUUCAUGGGAGCGACCAUCCUAACUCAGGCUUCCACCCUCUCCUCCAUGGUCCACUGGAAGCUCUGGAAUUCCCUAGUCCUUUCGAGAGGGAGAAGAAAUCCCAGGGCCUGGGCCUGGGCCUGGGCUCUGCGGUAGACCCCACCCUAGAUUUUCUCUGCCAACUCUUUGCUCCCCCGUUCCUAUUUGGAUAGGCUACCCCACUUAGAAUGGAGAUCGCCUGGCUUCUCGGUUCCUUCUCCCAGCAAUGCUGGUGUUGGGAGGUCAUUUGCCGAGUCUCUGCUCUCUGGCUUCUCUAAUAAAAUGUUGACUCUCACAUCUUCA